AUGCCUCAUUUGGAUGGGUUUGAGUUGAUCAAUAGUAACAAUGUUCUACAAUACUAUUGUGAUAUCUCCUCAACAACAGAAAAAAUCAACAUGAAAGACAAUUUGAAAGUACAUCCAGUAAUACUUCCAAAUUACACGACAAGUGACAGUUCUUCGUCUUUAGGAUCACUUUCAGCUUCCCAUGACUCCUCGAGUUUGAGUUUUGCUCAGGCCUUCCAUGCCAACCUCAACGCGGAAGGUAAAAGUAAAACGAGCAGGUUUCUGAGAUCAAUUUGUCCAGCUCCUCAUUCCUUGCAAAACAUUUUACUGGCAAUUUUCAUUUUGCAGACCGCGAUUUGUAUUGGCUCGAUGAUACUUCUUAUUUACUCGAGUGGGGAGAAAUCCAUCGAUAAUAUUGCCACCAUUCAAUCUGAUUCCGUUUACAGAGAUAUCGCAGCUCACAUGGCAAACUCUAAAACAAUUCUCGAACAAUUGCAUGAACAACUGUCAGUGGUCAAUCAUUUUCAAAACGAGACCUUUGAUUGGUCGAUCUAUUCUCGAAAGAUUAUUAAUGUUUUUGCUCCUACAAAACUUGGAUAUGACAUGGCUACAAUUUUUCACUAUGCGAAUAGUUUAAAAAUGUUGGCAAAUAUUGAAAUGUCAGCUGUUAGAAAUCGUGUUGGAUUUGCUAAUGGUGAUGGAAUUCUCAAACUCUACUCCUAUGACAAGUAUUAUCAGGCAGAAACCUUAAUGCAGACUUCAACUGGAUUUGAUCCAACAAAACGUCCUUGGUAUUUGGCAGGCUCUACAAAAACCUUUCCUGACUAUGCAUGGAGUACUGUUUAUAACAACUUUGCACUCAACAGCAUUUCGAUCGGGGCUGCAACUACGGUGAACUUUAACACUUACAACAUUUCCACUUCAAAUAAUGUCAUUUCCAAAGUUCCAAUCACUCAAAUAUUAGUUGCACACUUUGAUUUGUAUCAACUCGAUUAUGUCCUUAACGACACUAUUAAGCAAUAUCGGGACAUGCAAACGAAAUCAAUGCAAAUUGUCGUUCUUGAAAGAAGUGGAUAUAUUCUCACUACAUCGAUUGGAGUUUCAGCGAUAAAUGUUACAGAUAUGAGUCGAGUUCAUAUGAAUGCAACGAAUACUAUUUUUGCGAAGAUUGUUCCCAUUCUCAUGUCCAAAAAUAUUAUUUUGAAAGAUCCCAAAAAUGGAAAUUUGUCAGAACUCGCGACCGUUAAUAGAACACAAGUGUUUUAUAUUGACCAAUAUCGAGUAUCUCUACAAUUUCUCAAUGAUGGUAAAGGAUUGGAUUGGGUCAUUGUUUUGGCCACUGAAAAUUAUGGAUUUGUCAAAACAGUAUUCACAAGCUCUCCAGAACUUCUUUCACUUUCAAUCAUCUUGGUAGUGUUGGGAACUAUUAUAGCCAUAGCCAUGACUCAACUUCUUUCGUACUCAAUUAUGAAAGUUGCGAGAGACAUGUCAAAAAUUUCACGUCUUGAAGUGGAACAAGUGAAAAGUUCAAAACUGCUCAAAACAGUUCAUGAAUUGCACUUGCUUCAAGGUUCCACAAAAUUAGUGAAAAGUGCUCUUCAUUCCUUCAUCAAGUACAUUCCGAGAGAUAUUGUGAAAGAUAUUGUCAGAAAUGGUAUUGCAGCCAAAGUGGGUGUCACAAGUUGCAGCACAUCUAUCAUGUUUACAGAUAUUGCAGAUUUUACAACAUUUUCAGAGACUGCACAUGUUUCGAUCUUGUUGAAAGUACUUUCUGAAUAUUUUAGAAUUAUUACUGAGGCUGUCGAGGCAAAUAAUGGAGUUAUUGACAAAUUCAUUGGAGAUGGAACUAUGAGCCUAUUUUCACAUCCAUUGAAAAUUGUGGAAGAUCAUGCAGAGAGCUGUUGUCACGCUGCUCUCCAAGCAAUGGCAGGAAUCGAAAAAUUAAGAGAAACUUGUAGACGAGAAGGAUGGCCACAAAUCAAAAUAAGAGCUGGUAUCAAUACAGGAAACGCCAUGAUUGGAAAUGUGGGUUCGAAAGAUCGUUUCAAUUAUACGGCCAUUGGUGACAGUGUAAACACAGCAGGUCGAUUGGAAACUCUCAACAAAAGAUACGAUACGAGCAUUCUCAUCGGUCAAAACACGUACGAUCUUGUCUCAAAGAAAUUUUUGUGCUUGUUCGUUGAUAUUGUCAAGUUGAAAGGAAAAGCAAAACCCAUCGAAGUUUAUGCUUUAGAAUCAGAGAUCGUCGAGGCUUCCAAAAAACAAGUGAUGGUUCAUGAUUAUCUGCAACAAGCAAAAGAAAACAUGACAGAAAGGAACUACACACAAAUGAUCUCAAUAUUGGAUCAAGCAAUCGAAUCGAUUGACGAAUGGAUUGAAGAUGAGGAAGCUAAAUGUCAAGAAAAUGACGUGUGUGAAUUGAACCCAUCGAAUCCUAAUUGGUACGGUCACGAGGAUAUUUGUUUCUCGAAUUUGAAAUUUAUUAAGGAUUUGAGAAGUCGAGCGGAAGAAUUGAAUCAAUUGGCAGUUCAUUCAUCGGUGGUUGAAAAAUCUUUCAUGGAUUUCACACUCACUCUCAAUGAAAAAUAA